AUGACAACAGCGGCGAUGUAUAAGUUUCUAAUUUCGGACUUCGUCAACCCAUUGGCCCUGGCUUCCAAAGCUGCUGGUAGUGGCAAUGUCUUCAUUUUCGUGGGUACUAUUAAGCUUGGGUUGAGCUCAAUCAGUCAGCGCGACCUGCGGGAUUUUAUUAGCACAAUUAUUCUUUUCGUGGCGCAUUUGGGCGUUCUCAGGGACCUCUUUGAAUCCUCCCGCAAGGAUGUCCAUAUCGAUUCUGACCGUCCUGUUGGCUUUGUUUUCUUUUGGCAGUUCCAUUUGGCGCUGGAAGGUUUCAACCAUCAACUCCUAACCUCGACUGGCCCUGGGCUCAUUCUCGCCUACAAACUUUCCGCCUCUAGCAGGGUAGUGUUUGAUCUGUUUGUUACUUUCGCUAUGACGCUCGCUUUGUACCGUUCGAGGUCCGGUGUGAAACGCACUGAUCAUGUCAUCACCCUCCUCAUCAUGUUCACGGUCAACACGAAUUUACUCACCACACUAUUCUCGGUAUCCGAGCUUGUUACCUUUCUGGUUAUGCCUCAAGCUACGUUGUAUGGAGCACUGGGCCUUUUAUCUCCUAAAUUAUAUCUCAACACUCUGCUUGCAUCGCUAAACUCGCGGGAGUAUAUGCAGAAAGAACUCACGGGCACAACCACAGGAUCAAAUGUGAUAUACCCGGCUCGAGUAACUGUUGGAGGCUCCAGUCUCCAGUCCUCCGUCCACGAGCGGGAUAAAGAUGAGGAAGUAAGCAACGUCCUCGACUUGAUGGGGAAGACUAGCUAA